AUGUCAGAGGAAAUCAAAAACCAAGGCGAUUUAGCAUCAACUACUGUACAAAAUGCCAGUAAUUCCGCUGGUGCCACUACUGGUACUGCUGAUGCCGCUGCUGCUGCCGCUGCUGCUGCCGCUACUGCUACUGCUACUACAACUCUGACUAAAGAUCAUACCAAAAAUAUUGAUGAAGGUUCCGCUGUCAAGACUCAAGACAGAUCAGACGAAAAAACCAAAGCUUCUUCUGGUGGAGAUGAUGUUGAUGAUUUAGAUGACUUGUUGGAUGACUUUGCUGACGAUGUCCUCAGCAAACCGCCAGGAUCUACUCUUGAUAAUCAAUCACAAACUGGCUCUAUUACUAAAAAGGAAGGCAAAGGUGCCUCCUCCUCGACUGACCCAGUCAAUGAAGAUUUUCAAAACUCUGUUGCCGAGUUGAUCAAGGAUAUGAAAAUUGAAGAUCCAGAAACCCAAAAACAAUUUGAAACUUUGGUCCAACAGUUUGAAACAAAUCAUAGAUCAGAAGCUGAAUCCGGUGCACAACAAACGGCCAACUUUGAUUUCGUCAUGAAGGAAACUAUGGAGAGGUUGCGUAAAUCAGGCGAAGAUAUUGAUUCUAAGAUUAAAAAUGAUUCUUCAGGUACCAACCCUGAAGACAUAUUGACUCAAUUACUUGCAGGAAUGAAUGAAAGCGGAUUAGGUGGUGGAGAUAUGGAUAUGAGUAAAUUGUUGAUAGAUAUGUUGGAACAAUUGAGUUCUAAAGAGGUAUUGUAUGAACCAAUUAAAGAUUUAAACAACAAAUUCCCACAAUAUUUAGAAGACAACAAGGAUAAAUUGGAUCAAGAACAAUACGCAAACUAUACCAAACAGUAUGACAUAACUAAUGACAUCUUGAAAGUAUUUGAAAGUGACAGUUAUAACGACUCAAACAAAGCACAACGAGAUCAAAUUAAUGCUAUGUUGGAAAGUUUACAGGAGUUGGGUCAACCUCCAACAGAAUUGGUAGGUGACACUGGGGAUUUCUUACCUGGUUUUGGUGGAGCUGGUAAAGAUGGUCUUGAUGGUCUUGACUUCGACGGUAAAGAUUUGCCACCAGAUUUAGAAAAGAAUUUACAAGAAGGGUGUCAACAACAAUGA